AUGAAUUCUGAAUCAGAAUCUAGUGGGGCUUCCACACCCGGUGAACCUAAACAAAUGGGAAAGAAGCCCACACUUACGGAAAGACUACUACUGACCAAGUCGGGUCAAACGAUAAAAGAUAACGAGCCCCCUCCUACAUCAGCAGAGGAUUGGCACAAAAGAAUGGAAGCUUUUGAAACAAUGGAAGGGGAACACUUUAAUCGCGUAGGAAGAAAAUUAAAUGAGAUGUUGGAGCAGGUCAAAACAGCUAGAACUGUGCCAAAACUAGUCCAAACUGCACUAGCCGAGGCAAUGGCCUCAAACAGGAAUGCUAUUGUGGCACGCAAGGAGCGACUCGAAGCCAAAUCACAGUGGUUGAAACUUCUAGAAGGAAAAGAAGCAGACAAUGGUGGAUUUGUGAUGACCAAUGAAGGUACGGGAAAAAGCACACUCUUAGACGAAAUUAAGGAAAUAAAGAACCUGUUGACGGAACAAGAUCGUAAGAUUAGCGAGUUAACAGUGAACAAAAAUAAUAGACCAAGAGAAGUACUGCCGAAAGAGAAUCUGAUGACGGAGGAAGACGAGACAGCAAAUUUGGGUGAAGAACCUUGGACUAAAGUACCUAAGAAAAAUUCAAAAAAAUUUAUAAGAAAAAGAGCCCCAGCUGUGAUAGUCAACCGGGAAACAUAUCGUAUGUCGACGUGCUCAAAAAGAUCAGGGAAGAACCUACACUGA